GGAGAGGGGAGGGUGGCGUCCACUGUGCGCCCUACGGCAGCGGGUUAAAUGUCUCUGGGUCCCGCCCGAGCUCGGGAUGCUGCGGGGAGCCCUGAAGAGCUGGCGGGUGUGAAGCCUUCGGCCUCUAAUUAACGUUGUUUGUGCAGAGCAUCCUCUAUCCCCAGGCCCUUUCCGCCCCCGACACGCAGCCAUCUCGGGGAUGGAGGGAGCCGGCUGGCGCUAACGGGCUUGGGCUCUUGCCGGCCCAUUAGCGAGCAUCGAAGGAGGGCCUCUAUUCAGUUAGUUAUCGCUCUUUGACUCUAUAUUUCCAACCAUUUGUUAAGCCAGGUAGAGAUGCAUCAAUUUGUUUCUCUCCUUUUAUAUUGCACCAUUCUGAGAUCCAUUGAACUUGGCACCUCUGUGGGUAUUAAGCUUCCUCAAUUGAGCUAACAUGAUGGAAAAAUACACCUUUUUGCCUGUCAAGAUGAGGCCUUGGUGUCUAGAAUGCUGCUCUAAUCAGGAAUUAAAAUGUCAUCUUGGGUUAAGGUUACCAGGGGUCAAGUUCAGAAACCUAUUGUGGAUAAAAGGCAUAGACCCGGAUGGAUUCCACGCCUUCUGGACAUAAAUCCUUAUAGACCAUACCAGAAAAGUCCUUAUUCUCCCCAAGAUGGUUAUUCAAAGGACUUUGAAGAUCUGAAUAGUUUUGAAGAACUAUUUGGACAACAGUAUGACUAUUCAACAGGAAAUGAAGAUUACUAUGAGAGAUAUCAGUAUUCCCAAAAAGGUCCCAGUCUGCAUGAGACCCCAGGGAUACCCGGAAGACAAGAGACAGAAGUGGCAGCCCAGCAGCCAGGUUCUUCCAGGCGACAGGAUCCGGAGCAUGAAUCCUCAGCAGUGGAAGUUGGCCCAACCGCCCCUUGCUCCCGAGAGAAGUGGAGAACAGCAAGGGCUGCAAGUGUGGUCCCCCCGGCAGGGGUAUCUCCUUUGCCGGUAGUGGAUGAUGACUAUACCAGGGAUGAUCGUAGGGAGAAGCUAUACCUACAGUUUUACCAGCAGAUACAGAAAGAGUAUGAUAAAGAAAGACCUUCUGACUGUAUCAUUGUGGCCAUCAGCAAGGAACAAACGGAAUAUGCAACAGUCAUAGGCCAUCGGUUGCAGGAUCAUGGCCUUGUGGUGGAAAUGAUAUACCUUACAUCUGAGUUGGGUCUCACACGCGCCCUCCAAGAAGUUAAAAAUGAUGGUUCCCCAUUUUGUAUUCUUGUUGAACAGUCAAAUGUAGCACUUUCCUCUUGCACCGUAAUCAUGCUUCAUGAGUCUAUCAAAAUACACCGUAAUAUGCCCAUGGAGGAUGCAUUGGCUCUGGUAGUUAAAGCAUUUGGGAAAAUUUUUGCUGAGCGUGAGCAGCAGGAGCGUGCCGAAAUUUCACACAAAGCAGCUGAUCUGGCGGAUGACUACCUAGAACGGGAGCUCUAUGGGAGUUACAGUGUGCCUCUAGGCGUUAGACAUCUCCUCUUUCUGUUAAGUGAGGGAAAAUAUUUAUAUCGUGAGGAGUUGAACUCAAUAAGUGACUACCUGAAGACCAGGAAAGAUGAGCUUGAAGCCCUUGUUGAACAAACUGAUCCUUCAACUGAAGUUGAAGACACGUUGUAUCAAGCAAACAUGAUGCCAAGUACAAGCACUGCCACCCAUACCUUAAGUAAACCUCCACCCCUUCUGCCGACACCCAACAGGAAUGUUCUUUUAGGCCAGUCGCCCCUUCCUCCAGCUAAACCUGCAUUGUUGGGUGAUAGGCCAUCAGGAGCUCUUCUUCCAACACCAGGGAUGUCCGGUGCAAAGGGUAAACCUCCACCUCUUCUAGCAGCACCUGCUAAAAGACCUGGUCUUCUAGGAUAUUCACCCCAUCAGCCUGCAAAACGACCACUACUUGGAGAGAAACCUGGACUUUUGCCAACACCAGCUGUUCAUGUUAAACCUGUGCAACACCAACGGGCAGCUAAACCAAAGCCUUUGCUUAACUGAGACGACAUCACAGACACCAUGACUAAUAAUGGAAUACAUUAAACCUAAUGGUGGCAUCCCUCUUCCAAGCCAGCAGAGAGCAUGAUAAACUUGUAUUGCUAGUGUCCGUACACCCAGACAAACUUCAAUGUAUCUCAUUUUCUGUAAUACACAUUCCGAUGGGAACUUUUUAAAAUUUCAGGGUGCUCUUCUGUUCAAACAAAAUUGGUAUUUGUGGAAGGUCAGUGUUGUAGAUUCAUGGUCUUAUAAAUUAGGAAUUGUUUAAAUAGGUAUGGUCACAAAAUAAACUAUUUGUUUUACACAACUCAUCACUGAUUCUUUUGUGGUUAAGUUUUACCUGACUCUUCCAUAUGAUUAUUUUAGAAAGAUAAGCAGACCCAGUCAGACUUCAUUUCAGGGCUUGUUCUGGGCAGGGAUGGAUAGAAUUUCUUUUUCUUUCUUGUUCUUUCUUUCUAAAUGUGAAAAAUCUAUGGGUUGGGAUUUUGUGUUUUUUAUAUAAUACAAAAGUGUUGCCUCUACUUUCCUUGCAUCUUCCUUGAGUAAAGAUAAAGACACGUUGACCAUAUCUCAACCCUUAUUCAGUUUGUCACUUGCUUAGGACUUCUAAUAUUUUUUAAAUAUUUUAAAAUGAGAUCUUGUGUUUAUUACUAUAUUAUGCCAUGAUAGCUUAUGUCUUCAAUGUGUUGGAAUGUUAAUCUUUCCAUUUCUAUUGUAACUUGAAGUUUAAUGGCAGGAUAUGAAAGGAUUAAGGAAAAUGCUGUACUAAUUGUACUCUCCCAGAUGCAAUUAAGUAAAUUAAUGUUGAGAACUACCUUAAUUUCCAUGUAGUUCCACACCAGUAAUGUACCAGAUUUAACUUGUUAAUUUAAAGCUAUACAGUUACAUUUUGUAAAAUGUUUAAAAAAGUAUUGUGUACAGUCAUUCCAUUGAAACAUGAAGUAUAGUUCCAACUAACAUGUAAUUUUUUAGUUAUCACAAAAAAUAACUAACUUGCCAAAAAUAGUUUAGCACCCAGUACCCACUUAUAGUGUCAAAGUUCAAAAUUACAAUACUAGCCCCUUAAAUAUUAUUUUUUUAUUGUGGGUUUCCCUUUCCUCUCACCUUUAUGAAUGACCCACACAAACAAAAAGGGAAAAUGGCAAUACAGCUAAAAGAAUCAGCUAGCUCAGUAACUAAACUUCAGACAAACACAAGUUAAAAGAACUGAAAAAACAUCUUUAACAUUUCAGUUAUACUAAUCAAGGUAUCACUUGUGAUAACAAUAGGUAAAAUGCUUUUUCAGACAAAAACAUGACUUUUUGUAAGUUGGUGUACCUUCCUAAGAAUAGGAAUUAACCUGGAGAGUUCUUACUUUCAUAUAAUUUUGUCAGUUGUAUAUGUUAUAAUUUUUCUUAAUCAUUUUAUGGAUGCAGGAUUUUCAAGUCUUAACACAUCCAGCUA